CAAAUAAGGAGAAGGGAGUGGCAUGCAGAUGCAGCAGGUUCCCCGCCAAACUCGCGGCGUCCUCAGUUUUCGCGCCUCCUCUCUUAUCCCACCACCACCACGCCAUUGAUUGGCGCCAUUGACGCCAUGCCCUCCUCCUCCUCGUCCUCCUCCUCACCCACCGCAGCCGCCGCGUCUCGGAGAUGUCGUACCCCACGUUCCAGACCCACCCCAUCGUGUCGCCGGCGAGGAAGAGGGACGAGCGCAAGGACGCCGCCGACGCCGCCGUGAGGCUCUGCACCCCGCUGUCGUCGAGGGAGCGCGGCGCGGGGAAGGCGGCCGUGGCGGUUGAUGGAGACAGGGGCAGCCAGUACGCGCUCAAGUGGGCCGCCGACCACAUCCUCUCCCGCGCCCGCUCCUUCUUCCUCCUCCACGUCCGCCGCAAGCCCACCUCCCUCCACACCCCCGGCGGGAAGCAGUUCUCCAUCUCACACGUGCAGGAAGAUGUCGCGGCUGCUUUUCAUGCUCAGAUAGAUCUUCAGACUAAAGAACUGCUGCUUCCGUUUCAAUGUUUCUGCAGUAGGAGAGGGUUGCAAUGCAGGGAAAUUAUUCUCGACGGAACAGAUGUGUCGAAAGCUAUUGUAGAUUUUGUUGUGAGCAACAAUAUCGACAAGUUAGUACUGGGAGCAGCAUCCAGGAAUGCUUUUACAAGAACAAUAAGGAAAUUGGAUGCACCAACAUCUGUUACAAAAUCCGCACCGAACUUCUGUUCAGUAUAUGUGAUAGCAAAAGGAAAGCUGUCUUCUUUCAGGCCUGCCACUCAUACAAAUGUAAAUGAUACAGGCAAAGAAGAUUUGAAACCUGAUCUACCUGGGAACCGAUUGCCAGGUGUAAAAAGUGAACCAACACCCAAGUUACACAAUGAAGGACAUAAUCCUUCAAGGCCUAUGCCAGUACAUGCUGCUAUGCCCAUUGAUGCCAUUUCUGAUGAAUCAACAGAAGAUGGGAGCCUCAUGUCACCAGAUCAACAAGGACAUGCCAAUUAUUCACACUUACAAACAGCAUCUUCAUGCCCAAGUGAAUUCUUAAGUGAUAUUGAUAAACAUGGAAAUUAUUUGUAUCCAGAAUAUCCUGGGUGCUAUAGAGAUAUAUUGCUUUUGCCAAAUAAGGACAAUGAGCAUGCACGUCAUGCUCCGCAUAGAAAAUACUUGGGCUUUGAUGAAUCAAGUUUUGAUGAUAGCACACUUCGUCCUGGAUACAAUGGCUACGAUCCGUUAUCACCAACCACGAGUGGAGAAUACACUGCAUCAACUUGUCACCAUCUAACAGAAGAUGAUGAAGCUGAACUAAGGCUCUUUAGGAUUGAGCGGAAGCAAAACAACGGCGAUAUGCUUCCAUGGAAUUACACAGAGGAACACAAGGAGAUGGCAAGAAACCCUGAAAGUUCAUAUACCAACAUCCCCUACAGAAACAGACCGGAGGCAGAACCAGGUGACGAUGUCCCAAAGCAAAAAGUCUUGACACUUGACACUUUAUCUUCCGAUACUCAACAUAGAGAAGGGAUCAUAGAGGAGUUUAAAAAUCAUGAUUCCCAAGAUUUCAUUCACCCGAUCUUGAGACGCUUGCCACCAAAAUUUUACUCACCUAGAAAUGAUAGUAAACGCGGAUCUGCUCCAGAAGAUAUCUACAAGCUUGAACUCAAGUGUAAAGCCUUGCCAAGGCCGAUCGAGACGAAAAGGAUGCUAGAGUGUCUCCCUACUAGACUCGAGUGCAGAAUAUACACCCCGGAUGAUAUCGCGAGUGCAACCGACCGUUUCUCGGACGAGCUGAAGGUCGGGGAAGGAGGCUAUGGACCGGUCUACAAAGCCACACUUGACAGUACUCUUGUGGCAAUUAAGAUCCUCCGUUCUAAUGUAACCCAGGGGUUGAAGCAGUUCCAACAGGAGGUUGAGCUGCUGAAUAACAUUCGGCACCCGAACAUGGUGCACCUGGUGGGCGCGUGCCCGGAGUACGGCUGCCUGGUGUACGAGUACAUGCCGAACGGCAGCCUGGAGGACCGCCUCUUCUGCCGGUCCGGCACGCCGCCACUGCCAUGGCGGCUCCGCUUCAAGAUCGCCUUGGAGAUCGGCAGCGGCCUGCUCUACCUGCACAAGAUGAAGCCCGAGGCGUUCGUGCACCGCGACCUCAAGCCUGGCAACAUCCUCCUCGACGCCGACUUCGUCUCCAAGAUCGGCGACGUCGGCCUCGCCCGCAUCAUCCCGCGGUCGCUGGAUGACGCCAUGACGACGCAGUACCGGGAGACCGCCGCCGCAGGCACCUUCUGCUACAUCGACCCGGAGUACCAGAAGACGGGGCUGGUCUGCACCAAGUCCGACGUGUACGCGCUCGGCGUCAUCUACCUCCAGAUGAUCACCGCCAGGGACGCCAUGGGGCUCGCGUACACCGUCUCCGACGCGCUGGAGGAAGGCACGUUCGCGCAGCUCCUGGACAGCAACGUGACCGGCUGGCCGGUGCAGGAGGCCCGGGAGUUCGCCGAGCUCGCGCUCAAGUGCUGCGAGAUGCGGCGCAGGGACCGGCCGGACCUGGAGACCGUCGUGCUGCCUGAGCUGAUCCGGCUGCACGCCCUCGUCACACCGUCGACGUCGGAAGAUUCUUCUUCCACAGCUCAAGUCCACCAGCGUUCAGCCAGUGAAAAGGAUUUGCCUUUGGAUGAUGAUCUGGUUGACAUUCUGAACGAUGGAAAUGUGAAGGGAGCAUCAUUUGCAAUAUAACAUCGUAAGGACCAGAGGUGGAUCUAAUCGUGUCUUUCACUGGAACCUGCAGUGGUUCUAUAAAUCUUCUGUAAAUAGUGCCUUAGCACGGCAAUUUGGGGACUAUGUCAGGCCAUUUUGGAAAUAUGUGACGCGGAUAUUAAUCAACCUGUAAAUUAAGAAAAAAUUCCAGCUCUCAU